ACCAAACUUCAUUUCCUAUUCUUCGUCUUCUACACUUCUCAUCCAUACCUACUACUAUACUCUUGUGUGCUGAUUUGACGCCGUCAAAUUCUCACUAUUUAUUUCCUCAAUCUCAGCGUAACGCACGCCACCCUUCUAACGCCGUCAACGUUGCUUCUGCGGUUGUAUGUAUCUCUCUCUACUUCCAAGUCUAUAAGUAUCACUUGGGAUUCCCUGUUGCGAAAAUGUCUCGGGUUAUGGCAGAGAAUAGCAUUUUGCCCUUCAGUGACACGGCGCCGUUUUAUACCCAUUCAAUAGAGCUCGAACCUCGUCCACGAGCCACCGCAAACACAAUGGGUCUGUCAUCUACUCUUGGACAGCUUUUCAAGCGAGUAGGGGAUGUCCGUAAAGAGGCUACCGGUGAUGAGACGCCGCUCGACGUCGAGGUUAGCCAGCCACGGUCUUUGCCGUUCGUUCUUAACUUCAACAAUCUCACUUACAGUGUGAUGGUCAGACGGAAGAUGAAACUGCCCGGAUUUCUACGGCCUCGGAGACAUCACAGCGGACUCGGCGCCGCUACUUCAGCUGAGCCAAUCGGAGGGGAGAGCUUGUUCACUAGAAGCAAGACUCUGCUCAACGAUAUUUCUGGAGAGGCCAGGGACGGAGAGAUCCUUGCCGUGCUCGGUGCUAGCGGGUCGGGUAAAUCAACUCUCAUUGACGCGUUAGCCAAUCGGAUCGCAAAAGGGAGUUUGAAAGGAACAGUAUCUCUGAACAACGAAGUUUUGGAGUCGCGGAUGCUGAAAGUGAUCUCCGCUUACGUAAUGCAAGACGACCUUUUGUUCCCCAUGCUCACCGUGGAAGAAACCCUGAUGUUCUCGGCAGAAUUUCGUCUUCCUCGCACUCUAUCGAAGUCCAAGAAGAAGGCGCGUGUCCAAGCUUUAAUCGACCAGUUAGGGCUCCGUAACGCCGCAAAGACUAUAAUCGGCGACGAAGGCCACCGUGGAGUCUCCGGCGGAGAGAGAAGGCGAGUUUCCAUUGGAAUCGACAUCAUUCAUGAUCCGAUUCUGUUAUUCCUCGACGAACCGACUUCUGGACUCGACUCCACCAGUGCUUUCAUGGUCGUCAAAGUCCUCCAACGUAUCGCACAGAGUGGCAGUAUCGUAAUAAUGAGCGUUCACCAGCCAAGCUAUCGCAUCCUUGGCUUACUUAAUCGUUUGAUAUUCCUCUCGCGUGGCCAAACCGUUUACAGUGGUCCACCAACGGGUCUCCCUUCAUUUUUCGCCGAAUUCGGGCACCCGAUACCCGAAAACGAGAACCGAACCGAAUUCGCCCUGGAUCUUAUCCGCGAACUGGAAGGGUCACCCGGUGGAACCAAAAGUCUAGUGGAAUUCAACAAAUCAUGGCAGAGAGAAAAGCUCACAAACCCCGAACCGGACCGGCACGGAUUGUCCCUAAAAGAAGCCAUAAGUGCGAGCAUUUCGAGAGGCAAAUUAGUCUCUGGCGCAACCAACAAGGCGAGCCCAACUUCAAUGGUCCCAACAUUCGCCAACCCAUUUUGGAUCGAAAUGGCAGUUCUGUCAAAACGAUCAGUGAAAAACUCACGUAGACAGCCAGAACUAUUCGGAAUUCGAUUAGGUGCAGUGAUGGUCACCGGAUUCAUCUUAGCCACAAUGUUCUGGAGACUUGACAAUUCACCGAAAGGCGUACAAGAGAGACUCGGAUUCUUCGCUUUCGCCAUGUCCACGACCUUCUACACUUGCGCAGACGCUCUCCCUGUUUUUCUCCAAGAGCGGUACAUCUUCAUGAGAGAAACAGCUUACAACGCUUACCGUCGAUCCUCAUACGUACUGGCCCACUCUCUGAUCGCACUCCCACCGUUGAUUUUCCUCUCAUUGAGCUUCGCGGCCUUAACUUUCUGGGCCGUGGGCCUAAACGGUGGGCUUUCUGGCUUCUUGUUUUACUUCCUGAUCAUAUUCGCCUCCUUUUGGGCCGGAAGCUCGUUUGUUACAUUCUUAUCAGGCGUGGUCCCUCACGUGAUGCUUGGAUACACAAUUGUGGUAGCCAUCUUGGCUUAUUUUCUUCUCUUCAGUGGAUUCUUCAUUACCAGAGACAGAAUUCCUCCAUACUGGAUAUGGUUUCACUACAUGUCUCUUGUGAAGUACCCUUACGAAGGCGUAUUACAGAACGAAUUCGACGACCCGAUCAAGUGUUUCGUCAAGGGUGUUCAGAUAUUCGAUAACACGCCUCUCGGGGCCGUGCCUGGUUCGAUGAAAGUGAAGCUGUUGGAGACAUUGAGUAACACAUUGGGGACGAGGAUUACGAGCUCGACUUGCCUGACAACAGGUCCGGACAUUUUGGUGCAACAAGGGGUUACUCAAUUGAGCAAAUGGAAUUGCUUGAUAAUCACUGUGGCUUGGGGGUUCUUGUUUAGGAUCCUGUUUUACUUGUCUCUUUUGAUAGGCAGCAAGAACAAGAGGAGAUGAACAGAACAAAAGAACUUUGGCUUUUUAUUUGUUUUUGAAUUUUUUGGUUAUGCAGAAAUGUUAUGUAAUGGAUAUGAUGAUCAUAUGAUGUAAUAAUUGUCUUCCAGUUCACAUGAUUCUGUGUUUUUUUCAUAAAUUUUGAGUCUCAGUUAAAGAAAAUCAUGCAUUUCCAUC